AUGAAAAUGCCUACGCCAAGUGUUGACAGUGUGAAAGUAGCAGUGCGAGUGCGGCCUUUUAGUCAACACGAGAAGAACUCUGGGAGCAAAUGUGUGAUUUCCAUGCAUUCCAGAACCACCACCACUCUACAGGACCCUAAGAAUCCAGAGCAUAUGAAGACAUUUACUUUUGACCUGGCAUAUUGGUCUCAGGAUGGAUUUCAAAAGGAUAAAGGUGAUGUCCUUAUUUCAGCUGAUCCUAGUAGUAAAUUUGCAGGCCAGAGCGACGUCUUCCAUGACCUUGGCAGGGGAAUUCUAGACAGUGCUUGGCAAGGCUACAGUGCAACUCUCCUAGCCUGCGGCCAAACUGGCUCUGGGAAAAUAAACAAGGGUAUUAUUCCAACUGUGCGUGAGCAGCUCUUUCCAGCAACUGAGAGCCAGGGGAGAAAUCAAGAGCACCAGGUUACGUUCAGUAGGCUGGAAAUUUAUAAUGAACAGAUAAGAGAUUUACUGUCCAGAACCAAAAAACCUGGUGGGCUCAGAGUAAGGGAAGAUCAACAGCCGCACUUUUACCUGGAAGGCCUGAAGUCGGUGCCCUGUGAGAACUAUGCCCAAAUUGAAAGGCUGAUGGAACAAGGAACAAAAAUAAGGACCACGGCUUCCACCAACAUGAAUGCCAGCAGCAGCCGGUCUCACCUGGUCAUCACCAUCCAGUGCAAGCAGAUGAGAGCCGAAUGGACACCACUGUCCCGAUCUCCAGACAAGGCCUCUCUGCGGAAGGCUCCCCCUGGUAUAAUGGGCUGGUGGCAUCUCCACACAAGGCUGCUCUGCGGAAGCCUCCCCCUGGUGGCAUCUCCACACAAGGCCACUCUGCGGAAAGCUCCCCCUGCGGAAGGCUCCCCCUGCAGAAGGCUCCCCCUGUGGAAGGCUCCCCCCGGUGGGAUCUCCACACAAGGCUGCUCUGCGGAAGGUUCCCCUGGCAUAAUGGGCUUCUUGUUCCAAGCCUGCUCUCCUGAACCUUCUAAGAAAGGGAGGUGUGGGGAGAAGGGAGUCUGUGGCCUCUGUAGGACCCUCCCCACAUGCUGCCCUGCCCCUCCUCGGGCGAAGGCCGGCCUUGGGAAUCCACCAGCACAGCUCCCCACCGAGUCCGGGCAGGAGAUUGGGACUGUCAGGCCUGAUUCGGGGCAGCUGGAGUUGGCAUCAAGGGGCUCCAGGCCUAAGAGUGUGUCUAUCUUUGCACAUGAAAGGGCUAAAAAGAUCCGGAACAAAGCGGUGGUCAACACCUGGACACUGAUGAGAGAGUCAAGGGCGGAGAACAGUAAGCUGCUGCAGAUGAUGACCUUCCCUCACCUUCUUAACGUCAACGAGGACCCUCAGCUCGCCGGUUUCAUUCAAGCUGGUACCCAGCCGGCCCCCUGCCCUCACCCUGCCCUCCCGCUGCGCCCGCCCCGCCCUUCUCUUAGAAUUUCAGAUAAACACGCUUCCUUCACAAAUGCCGAUGGUAAAGUGAUGGUCAUUCCACACAGCAAAUGCAAGGUUGCCGUUAACGGGGUGCCCAUCACCACCAGGACAGAGCUGCAGCAUUUGGACCGCCUGAUUUUGGGAUCCAACAGCACCUACCCGUACGUGGGGUUUCCUUCGGAGCGGGGCAGUGAGGACUUCAGCAAGUUCCAUUACGACUUCUUCCAGCUGGAGAGGGCGGCCGUGGAGGGAGUGAGCACAGACAAACUCGGUGCUGCGGAUGGUGGAGACGGCAAGACAGAUCCCGGUGUCCUGGCUGUGUUCCAGGACUACAUCAAACUGAUGCUGCUGGUUGCAGAAGCAAAUCAAAUGAGUGAAGAGCUGAAGAAAGGACUGAACAUGGAAUCGAAGGUGAAGAAUUUGGCAUCGUCAGAUUCCAGGGGCUAUGACCUACAGAAGGAGGUCUUGGUGAAGGUGACCCACCACGGGUCUCACGAGGUGUGGAUAUGGUCAAAAGCCAAGUUCAUCAAUAGGAAAUUCCUAAUGGAGGAACUUUACCAGCACUUUCUAGAGAACGGCCCUGUGGCUCAAGAAGACCACCCUUUCUGGGAUCCUGGCGAGGUCGUCCACCUGGGCUCAGCUCACAUCCGGCUCCAGUCGCUGGCCUACUGCAUGAAGCUGGAGGAGCAAGUGGAGUUUCUGAACUGUGACGGGCUGGAGGAGGCGGUGCUGCGUGUCUGCAUAGCACCCUGCUGCCUCACAGGACAAACACAUGGCGAGGAGGAUGUGGUUACCGACCCUUUGGAGCUGCUGGGCAAGAGGAUGGAUUUUCAGAUUCACAUUGUCCGGUGCCUUGGCGUCAACUGGAUGAAGGAAGAUGCAAAGCGGGGCAUUCAGAUAGGGGAUCAGUACAGAAUUUAUGACCUUCCAAACACUAUCUAUACCAAACCUGCAUGGAAAAGUGUGAAUCCACAAAUUGAAGAGACUGUCCAAUCUGCAGCCUUAAGUGCAUCUCAGGACUUUCCGAAUUAUUUGCAGACAAAUGCCCUUAUUGUUGACCUAUGGGGCCUUCAAGAAGGCUGCGCUGAGCUGAGCUGCUCCCAGCUGGGCCUCAUGGUCACAGGUGAAGGCCACAUCCUGGUAGACACCAAGAAAAUUUCCACUGUGAAGGAUACAAGCCAGGCAGCCUCAAACCAGAUACCAGAACUUUAUCUGAAGCUGCUCAAGCUAGAGCAGGACCAUUAACAGAGCCUGAGAGAGGAGAACGUGCUUCUCAAAGCAUCACUUGCGGAAAUUGCUUCUGGUCAAGCCCAGAAGCCUUCCAACACUCUGAAGAUCAGCGGGAUGACUGCGCAACUGCCAUCCGCCAGGGAGAUGAGCCAAAUGUGCACACAGCAAGCUGGCUCUGACCAAGAGACUGCCAAGGCUCUGAAGGUGUUCUACCAACGCAUGAACACGGCCAGAGGGCAGCUUUUCAGACUCAGACGGUACCAACCUCUUGAAGAUGAUCAAAUGCUUCGACCGUUCGUAUACCAACGGUCACAGAUGUUUAAGGAUUUGGGGGAUCUACCUGAGUCCAGCUUGUGGAAACUGAAAAAUGACAUUGCUCUUAUAGUGAAAAAGAAGAAAGAAUAUUUAUUGCAUAUCAAAUAGUGAAGAUACAUCAACUGAACACUGAAGAUAUUCAAGCCUCGAGAUGUGGAGAUGAUUUGUGUAGCUAACAAGCUUACCUCAUUUCCCAAUUACUUUACCUAUUUCUUCUACCAGUUUUAAGCAAAACUCUCCUUCCGCGUGAUUGUAAAUCAUCUCUAUAAGCUAAAGGCUGCUUGAAUGGCCCUGCGUUCCUGACGCAUGGGGGGAACCACACACACUGGGGUCUAUUUGAGGUUGGAGGGUGGGAGGAGGGAGAGGGUGAACGAUUAGCACUUGGAGUUCUGGGAUCAGACUGCCUAGGGUUGAAUCCUGGUUAAGUCCAUCACCUGUCAACUGCAGGAUUUGGGGCCACUGACUUCCCCUCUCUCUAAGCCUCUCUUUCCUCACCUGUUUUAUGGGAAGGAUAACAGUAUUUACUGCAAAUGGUUAAUGAACAUAAAGCACUUAGAACAGUGCCUGACACACAGACGUGAUUGAUAAGCAUUCACCAUUAAUAUUUUUACCGUAAACUGUUCAAAACUUCAAAUGAAGCUCUUCUAUUUCUAUUUCUUGCUGUCAGACCUACAGACAAUCGUUAUUUCACGUCUCUCGUUUUGUAUCUUUCUCUGAACAAGUUUGAAUUCUACCUCCACUUAGCUUCCUCUUCUCAUAGGUUUAUCUGAAAUACUGUUAUGUUCAAUUUUUUCAGCAGCAGGAGUGCCCAUAUGAUGGGACCUUUUCAGUGUAGGGUCUGCGGUUCAGGGAUUAUAACUGUUAGUGAAAAAAUCUACUAGGAGUUAGUCUAUCUUGAAGCCAACCUUGAUUCCACAAAUUGACUGAUGGGUCUUAGUCAAGGAUAUGAUAAAAAGCUCAACACCACGGAUCAUUAGAGAAAUGCAAACCCAAACCACAAUGAGACACCAUCUCACACCAGUCAGAAUGGCUAUUAUUAAAAA